AUGUCCUCGGACCAAUCUAGAAGUCCCGCAUAUGAACAUUGUUCUAGCUAUCAAAACAGUCAUAUUGAUAACGAUAACGAUAAUUCGAGCCCCAACUAUUAUUUGGAGCCAAAUUUGGUUAAGAAUAUAACACCCAGAUUAGAAUAUACGAAUAUAGAUAAAAAUGAUGUUCCUAUUCAAACUCCAGGUAGUGAUAGACGAGUACAUCGAAUCAAAUCAUUGAACAAAAUCGAUAUUCGUUCACCUAUUGUGCCUCGAAAUUCUGUGUUAACACCUGGAAGUUACAACUUUGGUUUAGAUAGAGCACACAGUGCAGACGUAUACCGCAGUACUCAUACGGAACUGUCGUCCUUGAAUACGGCAAGAACGAAUCCUACAUUGGCUUCUAGGCUACUAAGCGGUAUUCCUGAUAAGCUUUAUGCUAUGCGCGAUUAUUAUAAUGAUUUUACUACUAUCGACUGGGCUAAGGCUUUUACACUCACAAACAGAUUUAAUUAUGAAUUGCAUCAUAACAAAUGGAUAGUAGAUAAUCCGUCAAAUGGUGAAGAGCAGGAAAGCGUAAACAUUCCGUUUUAUUACAAAACGUACUUGGUGUUAGGUAAAUGGGUUCUUAUCGUUAUUAUUGGCUUCUUAUUUUCGCUAAUUGCAUAUCUGAUUGAUAAAAUAGAGAUAUUGCUAGUGGGUUUAAAACAUGGCUAUUGUCGAUCUAAUUGGUUUGCGAGCCAAGUUUCUUGCUGUGUUAAUUCAGAACCCACUAUUCCCCCUCCACGCAUGAAUUCAAUAUCGAUGAAUAUCUUCAAAUCUGGAUAUGUUUUUAGUACCAAGCCUAAUAACCAAAAAAGCGUACAAUGCCCUGAUUGGAUUUCGUGGUCGACGCUAUUUGAAAGACAGCCAUAUGAAAAAUUAAGGUUGGAUUUUGUUAUUUAUGUUGUACUAACAUUAGUCCUUGCCUAUUUGGCCUGCGUUGUUACUUUAUCUACAAAAAUUACUAGUCGUUUGUCAGUAGCAUCUAGCAAGAAGGAUAAAAUGAAUAUAUAUGAUAGCUCGGCUAACUUAUUGGGACCAAAUAGUUAUAUUCGAAGAAAAGAGAGUGACGAAGAUUAUUCAUAUGAUGGAGAUGAAGACACCAAUGUUUCUGCUAGAGUUAUGUAUACUGCUUGCGGAUCUGGAGUACCCGAAGUUAAGACUAUACUUUCUGGGUUUGUUAUACGUAGAUUUUUAGGUACCUACACACUAUUUGCAAAGACCAUAGCGUUGAUAUUUGCAAUAGCUUCGGGUAUGGCAUUAGGUAAAGAAGGUCCCUAUGUUCAUUUGGCUACUGCAGUUGGUAAUAUUAUGACCAGAUUUUUCCCUUACAUAAAUAAUAAUGAUUUCAUGAAGAAACAAAUUCUAUCUGCAAGUGCUUCUUCUGGGGUAGCAUUGGCAUUUGGUUCACCGCUAGGAGGUGUUUUGUUUAUUUUAGAAGAGAUUAACCAUUAUCUUCCUUCUCAUCAACUAUUUCAAAUUUUCUUUUGUGCUAUCAUAUCAACUUUAUUUCUAAAAUUUCUUAAUCCAUAUGGGACAGGGAAUACUGUUUUGUUUGAAUUGAAGUAUACUUCUGACUGGAAUGCAGUUGAAUUAAUAUUCUUUAUUAUUAUUGGAAUUUCAGGGGGUAUAUUUGGUGGUUUGUUUGUACGCUUUGUUGGAUGGUGGCCAAAGAAAUUUCGUCAGUUAAAGAUGAUAAAAAACCAUCCGAUAAUCGAAGUUUUUUUCAUUUCUCUCUUAACUGGUCUCAUCACCUUUUGGAAUCCAUAUACUAAACAAGCAUCAUCUGAAUUGGUGCUAGAUUUAGCCACUUCUUGUAAUUCACAAGGGUUAGAUCUGUCUUUAUGUCCUGUUACCCAUGAACAAUUUGUGAAAGAAUUGGGAUCAUUAAUUUUUGCUUUAGUUGUUAAAAUGGUUCUAACAUGUCUAACAUUUGGCUUAAAACUUCCCUGUGGUAUAUAUGUUCCAUCUAUGGUGAUCGGUGCGUUGUACGGGCGUACGUUUGCUAUGUUUAUUCAAUGGUCAAAUUAUAAGUACAACUUAAAUUUGGGUGAUGAAGGAGCAAGUGCCCCUUCUACAUCUUUGAUGAGAUUCAUUUGUUCUCCGGAUUCUUCGAAUAAUGAAUGUGUUGAUCUCGGAAUAUAUUCAAUGAUUAGUGCAGGUGCAUUUAUGGCGGGCAUAACUAGAAUGAAUAUCACAUUAGUCACAAUACUAUUUGAAUUAACAAGCUCAUAUACCUAUGUUCUACCUAUUUCAAUUUCUAUCUCGGUUGCAAACUGGCUGGGUAGUUUGAUAGAAAAAAAGUCGCUAUAUGAAUCGUUAUUGGUGCUGAACGAUUAUCCAUUUAUGUCGCCUGAAACAGAAGCUUUAGAUCCAUUUGUUACUGCGGGUGAGAUCAUCACUGAUAUUGAUUCUUAUGAUCAAGACGAUGACGAAGAACUCAAUCUUCGUCAUCGUUCAAGAGCAGUAAAUGAUACCACUAGUGGUAGGAUAUAUACAUCAAAACGCCCCCCAUUCCAUGCUAAUAAGCUUACCAAUUUUGAUUCUUUAGAAACUAAUGACUAUUCUACUGAUCGCAACUUUGAGAAAUUAUAUAUUGAUAUUAGCGCAUCUCCGUAUGUUGCAGCUUCGUUGCUACAAUCAAAAUUAAUUCUAUUGGCAGACAAACUAUUGCUAGAUGGAUGCAUUCCAUUAAUUAAGAAUGAAGUGUGUGUUGGGCUUAUUUAUUUUUCAGAAUUGGAAUAUUGUUUGGAUAAAUUAAAGGAAUUUUGUUUAAAAUAUGAAAUUAUGGAUGACAUUUUUUGUAAGCUAUUAGACGAGGUUCACUAUCCCAUAAAUGAGAACACAAUGAACCCAUUGAAUCACAAUUUGAGUAUUGUGAGAAACAUUAGCGAUACUCCAUCUUCGCAACUGUCUGAUGGUGAUUAUUUUAAUUAUGGAGCAACAACUGAUCGUUGCUUGAAUAGCGAUUCAAAUUGGGAAAAUUUACAAACCGUUUUAUUUGAUUUAUCAAACUUAAUCCGACAUGUAGAUUAUUCUCCUAUUUUUUUGAAUUAUGAUUCCGAACUAAGCUUAGCACAUUUGAUCUUUGAUAAAAUUGGCAAUCGUGUUAUUGUAUUAUUGAAAGAAGGGAGAUAUUAUGGAGUGUUACAGAAGAAGGUGCUAAUUGAUUAUUGUAGAAGAGAAGAAUCUAAAUAA